AGGAAAGAAGAAUGGACAAGAGCAGGUCAAAUUGUACAAUUUUCCCUUAUAUAAAGUGCAGUGGGAGGAGGAAGCAGCAGCAUUCACUGACUGUGGGAAUUAAGUUUCUUGAACUGAGCAGAUUCGGUUCCAGAAUCACCCCUGGCAGUUGCAGCAGCAACAAGGGGGCAAGGAGGUGCAGUUAGUAUUUCUCCACAAGGAGCAACAAGUCUCGGCUGCAGGCAAAUGUAAGAGAGCCAAUCUGUCUUUUGAUCUAGCUUCUCUGUCUCACUAGCAGCCAAUCACACGGCUGCAUGCUCCAAAGGUAGCUGCCAUGGUAACCAUGUAAACAGUUUCUUGUUGAAGCAGCAGCUGUUGAGAGAAACAGGCGCCGCAGUGAAUGUUUCUUUUUGGGGCUCAGAUUUUAAACUGAUAUCCCAGUGGCCCAGGCACUGAGCUGGUCCUAUUUUUUCAGAGCUCCCUACCCCAAGCCCUUCCCCACAUUAACCUCUUCCAUAGUGGUAACUGUGGUUGCUGCUUAUUCUAGUGUUUUGCCCCACCAGAAGGCAGAUACAACGCUCAACCAUGUCCAACACUACCGCAGGCAACCUGAUCAACAAGGGCAGGAAACAGAGCAUCAUCAUCAAUAAGGCCUCAAAAGAGCAGAGCACAGUGAAGAAGUUAGCAUCGUCCUCAGCUUCUGGUAGGAAAAUGAGCUUCACCAGCACCAUGCUUGCUAGCAGAGUUGGAUCACUGGCUCGCAGGAGCAUACUGAUUUCUUCAGAGGGAAAGUCUUUCGACAGGGGCUCCAUAGCAAGUUGCAAACCUCAUGUCCAGGUUUUUGAUGACCUAGGAAAAGAUGUGACUCCCCGUCCACUCUACCAACCUGAGCCAAGUGUUGCCGGACCCACCCCCGGGCCCAUGCACAGACCAAGCAAAAUCUUAUCAACCCAAGAUUUUGCUGGGGCAGUGCCAACAGAAUUCUUGUCAUCCCUCUCUCUGCAACAAGCGUCUGGGACAAGUAUUAGCUUAGCAGGCCCAUUCUCCAGAACUUAUGGUAGUAGCAGUAUUACAAAGUCUACUACUUCUACUGAAUCACUGGCAGAAGAAAUUAUAGAACCUGGAACCAGACAUGAAGCGCUUGCUAGUUUUAUAGAUGUUCAGGUCAGGCGAGAGGCAGUGCCAGAGCCACUGACAAAGCGAGACCUGGAAAAGCGUGUGGAUAUUUUCCUUACGGAGACAGAAACAAUUUGGUUAUUUGACAUGCCAACUGUCAUGCUGUCGACAGAGUCUGAGGAAGCUGACUCUGUGAGACAAAAGAAUGUAGCUUAUAUGGAACUCUGUAAAAACAGAGCUGGCAAUGACCGAUAUGUCAACAGAAUGAUGCAAACUAUAGGCGGUGCACCAAAGACUAAGGAAAUGCAAUGUGACAAAAUUAUCAUGGAUGACAAAGAGAUAAUGGCCACUACCUGGGAUUUGUAUGAUUCCUUUAAUGCAUUGGAAGCAGCUAUCGCAGAAAAAAGUACCAGACCAGUAAGUGUGACCAGCAGUAAGUCAACUCUAUACAGGGAACGCGACAGAGCCAUGUCUGUAGCUUCUGUAGGGAGAGAAAGCACUACAAGUUCCAUCAUUGACUUGGAAAGUGUAAUUCUCUCCCGGAUUCAUGAAGAGAUAGAAGACCACUCAGAAGCUAUACUGAAAUCUGAAAAAUUUAAUCAAGAUUUGUUUUAUAUGGAGAGGGUACUAAUGGAGAAUAUUUUCCAGCCCAAACUAGCAGCUUAUCGGCAGCUUCCUGUCCUGCUAGAGCCGACUGUCAAAUCUGAACACAGCCUUUCUAUAUUUGAAGAGGAAUCCAUAAAGGAGGAGGAGGAAGAGGAGGAAGAGGAGGAAGCGCUCUCAGUUAGGUCAUCACUUCUGCUAGACUUUAGUUCAGGACGAGAGGAAAUCCUACCACCUUAUAUAGAAGGCUUGUGGACCUAUGCAUGUGAUUUGAUGAGAGGAAACAAUGUGAGCUGCCUAGCUUGGAACAAAGUGAAUCCUGAUCUACUGGCUGUUGGUUAUGGACAGUUUCGUUUUAAAGAGCAGAAGAAAGGCUUGGCUUGCUGCUGGUCACUGAAGAACCCAACGUGGCCAGAGCGUGUCUAUCAAUCUCAUCAUGGAGUAACUGCAUUGGAUUUCUCUCUAGCCAAUCCAAACCUCUUAGCAGUUGGAUUGUACAAUGGGACAAUUGCAGUCUACAAUGUCCAGACCCAUCAUACAACUUCAGUUUUAGAUACCAGCGAAUCUUACGAUAAACACUUGGGCCCUGUGUGGCAGUUGAGGUGGGUUGAGCAGGACAGGGGAAUAACAGGAGAAGACAAAGGGGAGAUACUAGUCUCCAUAUCAGCAGACGGCAGAGUGACUAAGUGGUUUGUUCGGAAAGGAUUAAGCUGCAAUGAUCUGAUGAAACUCAAGCGAACAGCAAGUGACAAGAAAAAGGGAGGGGCAGAAAAGAAAAGUGAAGCACUCAUAUCUCGACAAGCUCCAGGAUUAUCCUUUGAUUUCCAUCCAAAGGACACUAAUAUAUACUUGGUUGGAACUGAGGAAGGUUUUAUUCACAAAUGCUCUUGUUCUUACAAUGAGCAGUACUUGGAGACCUACAGGGGACAUAAAGGCCCGGUGUACAAGAUAGCAUGGAAUCCAUUCAGUACAGAAGUGUUUCUAAGUUGUUCUGCAGACUGGAGUAUUAUAUUGUGGCGCGAGGAUUCAGUCCGUCCUGUUUUGACUUUCAGUUCCACUGCCAAUGUUAUUUAUGACAUAGUGUGGUCUCCCAAUUCAGCAUAUGUGUUUGCAGCAGCGAACGAAACCAGGGUGGAAAUCUGGGAUCUUAGCGUCAGCACCCUGGAUCCCCUGAUUGUGCAUCCUGCCACUGGAACUGUGAAAUUCACGGCUGUGCUUUUUGCCAAAAACGCAGAUUGCCUUCUAAUUGGCGACAGUGAAGGAUCAGUCACUGUGUACGCACUAAGAAAUAUGAUCCCUUCAGACAGGAAGAAGGUGGAUGCUUUGCAUGAUAUGAUUGGCUCUGUUCUAACCAGUCCAGUGUAGAUUUUUUACAGCAAUAUUCCAUGAAAAAAGGACGUGAUAUUUAAUGCCUAGCAGUUAAUUAUGCAACAACCAACCAUUAAGUGUGUGUGAGUUUAUAUAUGGGAAUAAAUUUGUUGGGAAUCAUU